AUGGCGGCGGCUGGCACGGGCCGGUGAGGCGGUACCGGGCGGGGGCUGUCGGGUGUCAUGGGCGGUGGCGGCAGCACCGCCCCCGCGUCUCCCUGAGCGGGACGGCAGGGGGGCCUCUGCGCCGAGCCGGGCGAUGGACGAGAGUGGCGAGCUGGGCGGCCUGGAGACCAUGGAGACCCUCACGGAGCUGGGCGACGAGCUGACCCUGGGGGACAUCGACGAGAUGCUGCAGUUCGUCAGCAAUCAAGUGGGAGAGUUCCCUGACUUGUUUUCAGAACAGCUGUGUGGCUCCUUCCCUGGCAGUGGUGGUAGUAGCAGCAGCAGUAGUGGCGGCAGCAGCGGCAAUGGCAGGGGCAGCAGUGGCGGAGCCGUGGACCCCUCUAUACAGCGGUCAUUCAGCCAGGUCCCGUUAUCUUCCUUCUCUCCCUCAGCUGCCUCCCCCCAGGCUCCAGCCCUACAGGUCAAGGUCCCUUCUACUGCAGUUCCCACCCCACCAAGGGCAACCCCUAUUCUCCAGCCCCGGCCCCAGCCCCAGGCUCAACCGGCAACUCAGCUGCAACAGCAGACAGUAAUGAUCACCCCAACAUUCAGCACCGCUCCACAGACGAGGAUCAUCCAGCAGCCCCUGAUCUACCAGAAUGCAGCCACCAGCUUUCAAGUCCUUCAGCCUCAAGUCCAAAGCCUGGUGACAUCCUCUCAGGUACAGCCAGUCACUAUCCAGCAGCAGGUGCAGACGGUACAGGCGCAGCGGGUGCUGACACAAACAGCCAAUGGCACACUGCAGACCCUUGCUCCAGCCACAGUGCAGACAGUUGCUGCACCCCAGGUGCAGCAGGUCCCGGUCCUGGUCCAGCCUCAGAUCAUCAAGACAGAUUCCCUUGUUUUAACCACACUGAAGACAGAUGGCAGCCCUGUCAUGGCUGCAGUCCAGAACCCAGCCCUCACAGCCCUCACCACCCCUAUCCAGACGGCUGCCCUUCAAGUACCAACCCUGGUGGGCAGCAAUGGGACCAUUCUCACCACAAUGCCCGUGAUGAUGGGGCAGGAGAAAGUGCCCAUUAAGCAGGUACCCGGGGGAGUCAAGCAGCUUGAGCCUCCCAAAGAAGGAGAAAGGAGGACAACACACAAUAUCAUCGAGAAGCGAUAUCGCUCCUCCAUCAACGACAAAAUCAUCGAGUUGAAGGACCUGGUUAUGGGGACAGAUGCCAAGAUGCACAAGUCCGGUGUUCUGAGAAAGGCUAUUGAUUACAUCAAAUACUUACAGCAGGUCAAUCAUAAAUUGCGCCAAGAGAACAUGGUGCUAAAGCUGGCAAAUCAGAAAAACAAGCUUCUGAAGGGCAUUGACCUGGGCAGUCUGGUAGACAAUGAUGUGGACCUGAAGAUUGAUGACUUUAAUCAGAAUGUCCUUCUGAUGUCUCCCCCGGCCUCCGACUCAGGGUCCCAGGCUGGCUUCUCCCCCUAUUCCAUUGACUCUGAGCCAGGAAGUCCUCUGUUGGAUGAUGCAAAGGUCAAAGAUGAACCGGACUCUCCUCCUGUAGCGAUUGGCAUGGUGGACCGCUCUCGAAUUCUGCUGUGUGUCCUCACUUUCCUGGGCCUCUCCUUUAACCCGCUGACUUCCCUCCUACAAUGGGGAGGGGCCCAUGAUUCCGAUCAGCACCCGUACACAGGCUCUGGCCGUAGUGUACUGUCAUUUGAAUCAGGUUCUGGAGGCUGGUUUGACUGGAUGAUGCCAACGCUCCUCCUGUGGCUAGUGAAUGGUGUCAUUGUCCUGAGUGUCUUUGUGAAACUGCUGGUCCAUGGGGAGCCAGUGAUCCGGCCACAUUCCCGUUCCUCAAUCACCUUCUGGAGGCAUCGGAAGCAGGCGGACCUGGACCUUGCCAGAGGAGAUUUUGCAGCUGCUGCCGCCAACUUACAAACCUGCCUUUCGGUUUUGGGCCGGGCAUUACCCACCUCCCGCCUGGACCUGGCCUGUAGCCUCUCCUGGAACGUGAUCCGCUAUAGCCUGCAGAAGCUGCGCCUGGUACGUUGGCUGCUCAAGAAAGUUUUCCAGCGCUGGCGGGCCACCCCUGCCACUGCAGCUGGCUUUGAGGAUGAAGCUAAGAGCAGCGCGCGUGAUGCAGCCUUGGCCUAUCAUAGGCUGCACCAGCUGCACAUCACAGGGAAGCUUCCUGCAGGAUCUGCCUGUUCAGAUGUACACAUGGCUUUGUGUGCUGUGAACUUGGCUGAGUGUGCAGAGGAGAAAAUCCCACCAAGCAUGCUGGUUGAGAUCCAUCUGACAGCUGCCAUGGGACUCAAGACGCGGUAUGGAGGCAAGCUCGGCUUCCUGGCUAACUACUUCCUCAGUCGUGCCCAGAAUCUGUGUGGCCCUGAGCGCAGCGCUGUCCCUGACUCCCUGCGCUGGCUCUGCCACCCACUGGGCCAGAAGUUUUUCAUGGAGCGCAGCUGGUCAGUGAAGGCAGCAGCCAAGGAGAGUCUGUACUGUGCUGAGAGGAACCCAGCUGACCCCAUUGCCCAGGUCCAUCAGGCCUUCUGCAAGAACCUACUAGAGCAAGCUGUGGAGUCCUUGGUGAAACCUCAGGCCAAGAAGAAAGCUGGAGACCAGGAAGAGGAGACCUGUGAAUUCUCAAGCGCUCUAGAAUACCUGAAAUUGCUUCAAUCUUUCGUGGACUCUGUGGGGUUUGUGACCCCUCCAUUCUCCAGCAGCUCUGUGCUCAAGUCAGCCCUUGGUCCAGACAUCAUCUGCCGGUGGUGGACAUCCGCAAUCACUAUGGCUAUUAGCUGGCUCCAGGGAGACGAUGCAGCUGUGCGUGCGCAUUUUACUGAAGUAGAGCAUGUCCCCAAGGCCCUGGAAGUGACUGAGAGCCCCCUGGUGAAGGCCAUCUUCCACACCUGCAGAGCCAUGCAUGCCUCACUCUCUGGGAAGGCAGAUGGGCAGCAGAAUUCCUUCUGUCAUUGCGAGAGGGCCAGUGGCCACCUGUGGAGCAGCCUCAAUGUCAGUGGGGCCACUGCUGACCCUGCCCUCAACCACGUGGUCCAGCUGCUGACCUGCGACCUAUUACUGUCACUGCGGACAGCACUCUGGCAAAAGCAAGCAGGCGUCAGCCAGGCCCUGGGUGAGACCUACCAUGCUUCAGGUGCUGAGCUGGCUGGCUUCCAGAGGGACCUAGGAAGCCUGCGCAGGUUGGCGCACAGCUUCCGCCCAGCGUACCGCAAGGUGUUCUUGCAUGAAGCCACUGUGCGCUUAAUGGCAGGAGCCAGCCCUACCCGCACCCACCAGCUGCUGGAGCACAGCCUGCGGCGGCGCACCACUCAGAACACCAAGCACGGAGAGGUGGACACCUGGCCUGGCCAGCGAGAGCGGGCUACCGCCAUCCUUCUGGCUUGCCGCCACCUUCCCCUCUCCUUCCUCUCCUCCCCGGGCCAGCGGGCUGUGCUGCUGGCUGAGGCUGCCCGCACGCUGGAGAAGGUGGGCGACCGGCGCUCCUGCAGUGACUGCCAGCAGAUGAUUGUCAAGCUGGGAGGCGGCACUGCCAUUGCUGCCUCCUGACCACAGGCUCAGCCCACCUCCCUCCACUUCUCUCAGUCUCUUUCUCCCAGGCUCAUCCCUCUCUCUCAGGCCCUGUCUUCCUCCUCCCUCUGUCCUUUGCCCUCCUCCCUCUGAGCUGGAGGUGAGCCUUGUCCUCUGAGCUGUCUACCUGCUGAGGCUUUUGGACCACCUCAGGCCAGAGAGCCCCUGGGCUGCUGUCAAUAGACACCUGUGGUCCAGGCCCUAGCAGGCUGAGAGGAGAGGCUGUGAGGCAGAAAUGGGGGUGUCCCCUCAGUUGAAAGCAGCAGGGGACACUGCCAAACCCACGCCUCCAGUCCCAAGACUCUCCGAACAUCUCCCCUUUCUGCUUCCUUGUUUUUUAUCAGGCUUUCUCUCUAGGGGACGAGGUCUCUGGGCACCAGAGAGCACUUUGCCCUCAGCAUAGUGCCCAGCAUGCCCCUCCCCCUUUUUAUACGAAUGUUUUUAUAUCUUUGUGCUUGGGGCUGCGGUGAUGCAGGGCAAAGUUGCUGUGGCAUCUUUUAUUUCUUUCCCUGGGUUUGCAUUCCCUCCCCUGUGCCUGACUAAGCCAGUUCAUUGUUUUCUCGUCAUUAUGCGGGACAGCCAGGGAAGGAGGGGAACCCAGCCCUGGGGAGGUGGGUGGGAGGCAGGGGUUGGCCUGGGUAUGGAUGAAAUAAUGUUGGCAUUAUUUUUUAAUUUUUUAAAAAAUAAAUGGUAUCUUAUUUAAUUGUCCUGUUCCUUCCCACUCCCUUACCCCCUGGGAUGCCAGCCCAAGCUCAGGGUGGGCCCAGAGGACUGGAAGGGACAAAGCCGCCUAUUAGGCCUGGGGACCAGGGGUCUUCAACAUGAUUCCUCAGUUCCUUCCUACCCCCACCCUAACUCCUACCUCCAUAGUAUAUUUUUAUCCCUAAUUCUUGUCUUGAAAAUAAGCCAGGGUGGCAGGGACCAGCCCCAAGCCCCAGUGGCAAGCUCCUCCUUUGGGGGUGGCUAUUAGGAACAAGGUCCCUUGCCUUGAUGGGGCUCCUAGGAGGAAAAGUCCUUUUCUAGAUCCCCUGGCUUAGGGUGUCCCUGGAGACACUAUUUCCCCAGGGCCUCCUGAGAGACUGAGCGGACCCCUCCCUUGCUUCUCAUCCCUUCAAGCUGGUUGGGGCAGGAUAGGCAGGAGCCCAACACAGCUAGGGAGUGCACACAGCAGGGCCCCUCAUAUGCUUGGACCCCAGCCCCCUUUCUAUCUCCUGCCCUUCCCCCACUGUCACUAUAAUUUAUGGACCCUGCCCACUUGGGCAGCUGGGCCUUUGUGUCAUGUGUAUAUACUGUGCCUUUUCUCAUUGUUAGGGGUGGGAGGGGUUUGUUUUUCACUGAAAAGGGGGAUACACCUAUGGCUUCCUUGAUGUCAAAUCAUUCACCAUGUCCUGGACCUAGGUUAUUCAAUAAACACAGAUUGGUACCACCUAGCA